AGCUUUGACGAGAAUAAUACUAGCCGAGCUCUUCUCCACUACAACAACCACCUCCGCUGCACCUACCACCAUCCCCGUCUCCGCCAUGAAGUCGUUCCUGCCGCCGGAGGCGAUCAUCUUCCGGUCGAAGCUGCCGGACAUCGAGAUCCAGAACGACCAGCCCCUCCACACCUACUGCUUCGAGCACCUGCCCGACUUCGCAGACCGGCCCUGCAUCAUCGACGGCGCCACCGGUGAGGUCCACACCUACGCCGACGUCCACCUAGCCGCCCGCCGAGUCUCCGCCGGCCUCCACCGCCUCGGCGUCGGCCAGGGCCGCGUCAUCCUGAUUCUCCUCCGCAACUCCCCGGAGUUCGUCCUUGCCUUCCUCGGCGCCUCCUUCCGCGGCGCCGUUGCCACUACCGCCAACCCCUUGUACACGCCGGACGAGAUCCACAAGCAGGCCGCCGCCUCCGGCGCCUGCCUCAUCAUCACCGAGUCCACCCACGUCCACAAAGUCCGCGCCUUCGCCGCGGAACGCGGUAUCACAAUCGUCUGCGUCGACGACACUCCCGAAGGUUGCCGCCAUUUCUCCGAGCUACUCCAAUCGAACGACAGCGAUCUUCCCGACGUGGAGAUAAAUCCCGACGACGUGGUGGCGCUGCCGUACUCAUCGGGGACUACCGGGCUACCAAAAGGUGUCAUGCUAACACACCGGGGGUUGAUCACGAGCGUGGCCCAGCAAGUGGACGGCGACAAUCCCAACCUCUACUACCACAAAGAGGACGUGAUACUGUGCGUGCUGCCACUGUUCCAUAUAUACUCGUUGAACUCGGUGUUGCUGUGUGCGCUGAGGGUGGGGGCCGCGUUAUUGAUCAUGAGGAAGUUCGAGGUGGUGGCGAUGCUAGAGCUGGUGCAGCGUUUCCGGGUGACGAUAGCGCCGUUCGUGCCGCCGAUCGUGAUGGAGAUCACGAAAAGCCCGGUCGUGGAUAGCUACGACCUCUCGUCGAUACGGAAGGUGGUGUCCGGGGCGGCGCCCAUGGGGAAGGAACUGGAGGACAAGCUGAGGGCCAAGAUCCCCAAUGCCAAGCUCGGCCAGGGCUAUGGGAUGACCGAGGCCGGGCCGGUGCUUGCGAUGAACCUGGCAUUCGCUAAGGAGCCAUCGAAAACAAAGUCUGGGGCCUGUGGGACCGUUGUGAGGAACGCCGAGAUGAAGAUAGUUGAUCCUGAGACUCGGGCAUCCUUAGGACGGAACCAGCCGGGGGAGAUCUGCAUCAAGGGAGCCCAAAUAAUGAAAGGUUAUCUCAAUGAUCCCGAGGCUACAAAGAAUACUAUAGACGAGGAAGGUUGGUUGCACACUGGAGAUAUUGGUUACGUGGAUGAUGAUGAUGAGAUCUUCAUCGUAGAUAGACUAAAGGAGCUCAUCAAAUACAAAGGGUUCCAAGUUGCCCCUGCAGAGCUUGAAGCCAUGCUCAUUACUCAUCCCAACAUCGUAGAUGCUGCCGUUGUCCCUAUGAAAGAUGAACUCGCUGGGGAAGUCCCUGUAGCCUUUGUUGUCCGAAAGACGGGCUCUGAAAUUACAGAGGAUGAGAUCAAGCAAUACAUCUCAAAGAAGGUGGUUUUCUACAAGAGGAUAAACAGGGUUUUCUUUACCGACGCCAUUCCGAAGGCCCCCACUGGCAAAAUCUUAAGAAAGGAUUUAAGAGCAAAGCUAGCGACCAUAUAAUGUCUCCCAAUCCAGCUGCAAACUAUACAUACAUACAUACAUAUGUAAAGUUUGUUUUUUGGGUGGGGUGUGUUGUGUUCAUAUAUAAUAUGCUAUGACUUCUUUUGCUCCAAAAAAAGAUAUGCCAUAAUUUUUCUGCAA